AUAAUUAACAAACUGUCAAUUGUUGAAAAGCGUCCGUUUGGUUUAUAACUAGGUGAUUUUCAACUUUUUAAUAGGAUUGUGUUUCAAAUAUUUAGUAAAAUGGUUGCACCUGUGCGUGGUCGUGGAUCCAAUAACGGAAUGAACAAGGGCAAUAGGGGCAUGCCUCGUAGGACAUUCAAUAACAGACCUCCAUUUCCCAAUCCGUCUAUGUUACCUCCGAUGAUGGGACCUUUUCCUCCAAGGGGCCCACCAAUGCCCCCACCUCCUAUGAUGCGAGGUAUGCCAAGAAGAGGUGGUCCCCCAGGAAGAAUGAUGAGGCCAGGUCUUAGACCAGGACCAGCACCACCGAUGCCAAUGAUGCAUCCCCCAAUGAGGCCUCCUCCUCCAGGAAUGCGUCCACCUCCGCAUAUGAUAAACAGGCCCAUUCACCCCCCAAUGCAGAAAAAUAGAGGUGGAUUCAGUAAUCAUGGAUUCAAAGGAGUACAAAAAGGUAAAAUUAUCAAAAAACGUAAAACAGUACCUAAAGCUCUGGAUCUCACCAAACCCUGGGUCACAGAAUCCAUUAAAUUCGAAUUUACUAAAAAAGAUGAACUCCUAAAUAAAGCCAAAGAAACAACAAAGCAGGAAGAUUGGGUAUUUUAUAGAGAACAAAGAGACAAAUGUACAAAAAUAUAUCAAGCUGCCGAAUUAAACUUUAGUGGUCAGCAGGAAGUUCGUAUCCCACAGCUCUUGCCUGAUGUUAAAUUUGCUCGCAUCACAGCGCCAAUAGACUAUACUGCAGAUGUGAAAUUAUAGGUAUUUUUAGUUUUUAGCAACUUUUCACCUGAAAUCUAACUUCUACAUCAGGGUCAAUUGAGUUCCUUUUUAGAACUUUGGCAAAUAUCAACAUUGGUUUUUACAUUUCUCUUGAUAAUUUAGUUUAAAUAUUGAAUGAAUUCAUGCAACAUGAUAAUCUGAAUUAAUGUAAAUAUUUCUUCAGUUUAUUAGAUAUGACUCAAAAUUCUGUUAUUUUUCAAACACUCGCUAAUAACUGAAGAAAUACCUAGUAAAAUUUAUAACGAGAUGUUGAAAUCUCUGUGCUUGUUGUUAUUAUAUUGUUUCAAAUUAAAUGUACAUCUAUUUCAAAUAGGAAUGCUGAGUGUUUAUGAAAUUUCCUGAAGAAAACCAAAAAUAACUUAUGAAUUUUUAAAUGUACUCAGUGCUUUAUGAUUAUACAUAGAUAAUUAGAUGAAAGAUUGUAAAUGUGUGUGAAAGUGAAACAGAAAAUGUGUUUGGAUUUUAUAAUCUCUUAUUAUUUCAUAUAAAUGUUGAUGUUUGCUAGAUGUAUCCACAAUAUUAUCCAGAUAGUCUAUUUUUUCACAUUAAAGUUAAUUUUUUGGCAUACAAACAAAAAUAUUAACAUUCUUCAGAUCAGCUAUUGAAUAAUUCAAUUCUUCCUUUAAGAAUUUAGACCAUAUUAAAAAUUUUUUCAGGACAAUGAUAUUAUGAUACCUCGGCAGACUAAAAAUUCAGAGGAUCUCGUAAAAAAUUAAACGCUCUAAGUAACAAGUCUACCCUGAAAAAGCUUUCUAAAUCAAAUUUAUACUAUAGAUUCUUUAAAUAAUUUAUGUUUGUUGGAAGUCCGAGUGUCCUUUCAUUCCAUUGUUCUGUUUUAGUUGCAAUCAAACUUUUGAACAAAUAUGUAAUUAACAAAGCACUUAGAGUAAAUUAUCAGAAGUAUACAGCUUUUGUGAAAUAAUAAAAAUUAUUUAAAUUUUUUGUGCUGUCUCUUGAUGAAAUUUAUAUGUUUACUUCAGAAAUUUUAAUAGAAUUUCUUUAUUUGACUAAUGAAACCCACGUUUUGUUGAAAUUCAUAUUUUUUUCAGAAAGUUGUAUACUUUGAAGAAUGUCCAGUGCUCUAUAAUUUCAGAUUUGAUUUUAUUUAUUAUCUGAUGUACUAAUUCAAUUGAAAUUCGUUUGAAUGGCUUAGUGAUAUAUUUAUAUUAAUUACCGUUAUGAUUUCUUUAAUUUUACUUGGAAAUAUCUGUUCCCUUUUGAGGGAUACUGAAAGAAUUUCCUUUAUAUUUGUAAUUAAUAGAUUCUCAUUAUUUGAAUAAAACAGUUACACGAAAUAGA